UAGUUCAGUCCUGAGUUGAUAGUGAAACACUUCGCAAGUGCUGUAUAAUGAAGUCGCGUUCUUUAGUUUUUUUUUUUGCAUUUUUCUUCUAUUGUUUAUCAGCGUAUGCAAACGAUAAAAUCAUUACACUGACCAUUGAUAAUCAGAAUUCGCCGAACAAGUUAUCAGAUGCCGAGUGUAAUGUCAAGUGCAGUGCUUUAAAAUCAUACCAAGAUGAGCAAAUUAAGGAAAUGAAUAAACAACUAAAGGAGAAGGAUGAUCAACUCAAAAACCAAUCUGAACAGCUCAAGAAUAAAAGGGAACUAGAAACAACGUUGACAGAAACUGUUAAGAGUCUGCAGAGCCAAUUAAUAAUUGCUGAACAAAUAUCCAAAAAUAAUGCCGAAUCGGUAAAAGAAAUUUUAUUAAAGGAUAAACAAAUUCUUGAAUUGCAAAUGCAAAUUAAAGUGAUUACUGAUCAAACCAAUAGCAAAACGUAUGAUAUCCAGAAACAAACUAAUCAGAUCAAUGAGAAAACUGUUCAGAUGAAGGACAUAUUAAAUGCUUUGGCAGUUUCCGUUCCCCCAACACGGUGGAUUACAAUUCAGCGGCGUUGGGAUGGCUCCGUUAGAUUUGACCGCAGCUGGGAGAAAUAUAAGAACGGAUUUGGAAACGCUCAAGGAGAGUUCUUUAUUGGGCUCGAAAAAUUGCAUAUCAUGACCUCUGCGCAACCUCACGAGCUUCGCAUAAAAGUUGGCAAGGUUGAUAGAUCCAUAGGUUACGCUGAUUACGAUGAUUUCCAAAUUGGUGGGGAGGAUGAGUCAUAUAAGCUUAAAACUUUGGGAAAGUAUUCUGGAACAGCAGGAGACUCGUUGACUUAUCAUAAGGGAAUGAAAUUCACCACAUUUGACCGAGACAAUGAUAAAGCGGAUGGUAAUUGCGCAAGCUUAGAAAAUGGAGGCUGGUGGUUCAAUAAAUGUGCUGUCAGUUCGCUUAAUGGAAAAUACUACAGCGAUGGUCGUUGCAGCAUAAAUUUAGAGAAUGGCAUUUUCUGGGGUUCAUUCCAUAAUUAUGCCUAUAACAUCUCGUUAACCUACGCUGAAAUGAUGAUAAGACCUAAAAUCAUAUAAUUUUACCAAAAACAAGAUAUAAGCUAACUUCAGAAGAAUGAGGCUUAUAUACCCUUGAAGUUAUAACUGAAUUCUAUGUAAACAAGAUUAUUGUCUAAUUGUUCAAUAAAUAAUAAAUGCAUAAAGUCAUGCUUUCCAAGUUCA